AGAACUCGACCAUUGAUUAUGACAUAUCUAACACAAAUGAACAUCAGAAUGUUGAGUUUAAUAGUCAAGAAAAACUUAAGAUUGUUCUUGACUCAGUAUUUCAAAAUUGGGAUCAGCUUGAUCAUUAUAUUAAAAUGUACACAAAACAGAAUGGCUUUGUAUCAAUAAUUACUUGUUCUGAGUUUGAUGGAGCUACUCGUAGAAG